AUGCCACGUCUGUACCUGAAGCGUGUUGUUAUAGUGGGAGGUGCCGUCCUACUCACCUGCCUGCUGGUUGUGGUGCGGGAGUAUCACCGACGCACUCGACCCUCCUACAGAGGUGUGCCUGAUGUAGACCCAAAGUUGUGGAAACUUCUACUCCAUGAUGAGACCACACAGGUUUGUUUGUUUGUUUGUUUGUUUGUUUGUUUGAUUCACAUGGGUGGUCUUUUUCUUCUCUUCAGUGUUCACCAGCUGCCGACCCCUCGUCCGGCUCACCGGGUACAUGUCAAGCAGCUCCCGCCUCUCUCCAUAAACAUUGGCUGGAGUUUGGAGAGAGUUGAGGAGGCUUUCUUCAGCUAUUUAGAAAACAAAGAUGUCCGCUGUGACAAAGAUGUCCGAGUAGGCAACUGGCAUGAUGGCGGCUGGAAUGUGUGCCUGUCUCCGCCAUACGACCUCAAACAGCCGUGUGUGGUGUUUUCUUUUGGGAUUGGCUAUGACUGGCAGUUUGAUGAUAGUGUCACUGGUAAUUAUGGCUGUCAAGUGAUGGCCUUUGACCCCAGCAUGAAGGAGCAGGAAGUCCCCCACAACACUAUGAUUCAGUUCCGCAGGAUUGGUUUGGCAGCCACUAAUGGAAUUGGCAAAAAGGGUUGGAAGCUGAAAACGUUACGGCAACACUUUCAAGACGAGGGAUUUUUGGAGGUUCCUAUCGACUAUCUGAAAAUCGACAUUGAGUACAUGGAAUGGGAGAGCCUGAGACAAGCACUCACUGACGGCUCCCUCAAGCUGGUCAAACAACUAGGCUUUGAAAUACACACGCCAGAAAUGUUUCACAGUCUGAAGGCAGCAAACGAGACUUUGCUGCGAGAUCCAAUGAAGGAAAAACUAGACUUUGUGCACAUGUUCGAGACACUGCGUCAGAUUGAGAUCAUGGGCUUCAGGAAGUUUAACUACAGAAAAAAUCCAUUUGGGCUCUACACCUCCGUGUACACUAAGAAGGAACGCUCCUAUUGCUAUGAGCUGCAUUAUAUCAACACAGACUUCCUGCAGGACAACAAUACGCUCAUCCACUACAGUGAUUCCAAGCUGUUUCACAGGUAG